GGGCUCAAAGUUAAUGACAAUACAUUGAAAACUAAUUAUUUCAAUGAAUUUAUUAUGAAAUUUGAAUAUAAAGAGUGUUUUGUUUGAAUUUAUAUAAUAUUUGUUGACUAAUAAUGCGGUGAUAAUAGUGACCAAUCAAUCGGUAAAAAUGGUAUACUUUCGGUGUAUGGACGAGAUCUCUGGCCACAUAUCGGGCGAAAUAGAUGUUAUGAAAUGGAACCCAAAGAUGGAUCUCAUUGUAUUCGCACUGAAGAGCGCCGACAUUGUUGUCCAUCGGCUCUAUUCGUGGCAAAAGAUAUGGCAUUUGCCGAAACCCAAACUCAAGACAUUGGCCGACGACAAGACCGACACAACUACGGCAAGAUUUGUCCGGGACAUUGAAUGGCGACCCGACGGCAAAAUACUGGCCAUUGCUUACGAGUGCGAUAUCGAUUCGAGUGACACCAAAGAUGGCAAGUCGUGUCUGUUUUUGCACGACGUCGAGACAUCCAAAAUGUUGCACAAGAUUGUCAUCGACGGUAAAAUCAAUUGUAUUAAUUGGCAACAAAAGGAACCGUCGGUUUCGUCCAAUUUCAACAGUGAUAUUAAUCGUUUGAAUUUAUCGGACAAAUAUUCGGCAAUUUCACCGUUUAUUAGUCUUUUACCAAAAGCUAAUUCAGUUCCCAAAGGGUUUAUGAGAGGAUCAAGUCGUAAGACAUCAGACGACAACAUUAAUGAUAUGAUGAAAGUGGAAAACCAGAAGACAUUGAAUGUAUUGGCCAUCGGAACUGAAAAUGGUUUUAUUGAGUUAUACGCUUUCGGUGUCUAUAAAAUGGCCAAAUUUUAUAUGACAGACAAUAAUCCCAUCAGAUAUUUAGCGCUUUCCAGUGAUCUGUCGCUAAUCACUGCAUUUGUUGAAUAUAUUGACGACGAAUGUCUUGAAGAAAACAUUACGAAUAGUCGUUAUUCAAUGAUUAGCUAUAAUCUGAAUGUUUUAAAGCAAAGAAGUUAUGAAAUAUUGAUGAUCUCUCAAAUCUACGCCCAAUCCAUCUCUCAAUUGUCUUAUUUGAAUGAAACGAUGCGCGAAAUUCUUGAAGCGUGGGAAGAUGUCAUGGUUGAGAUUGACUCAAAACUAUCCAAUUAUGUGUCACUACAGAGAAGUCAUUCAAAAUCAAGCGCUGAGACUAAAGAUAACUUAAUACCGCUGAUGGCCGACGAGUUUUUAGAGCUGUUGGUGUUGGGAAAAGCCAGCGCUUCACUCGAAAAGUUUCUCAAUGAUCUAACAGAUAAAGGUCUCAAAAAGUUAGGACAUUCCAUAGAGUUGGCCUAUUCUAACAUACAGAAGCUCGUCGUUAAAAAUGUUGAAAGAGUUCUUCAGCACAUUUACUGUCAUUUUAAUACAUUGAAGGGUAUGGCUCUUUGGGAGGAGAAGUUUGGCGAAGUUGGUCUCGACAUCGUUGCCGUCAAUAAUACUUUAAAAACUAUCGGAUCUUUUCUAUUAAAAUCAACUGAAUUACAGCAAGUGAUUGAUAACUCUAUGCGAAAUGUUAAAGCAUUUAUACGAUGGCUAUACACAGCAAUGGUCAGACUCUUAGAUAACGAGCCGUCCUCUCAAAGCGAGUUAACUAAAGUCUCGCAACAGGACAUCCAAUUUGUUACUGAAUUUAUUAAAGAGAACUUCGAGUUUGAGUCAUCAUCUAAUACAAGCCGACCAACUGCUAGUAAUUUUACAUUAGAAAGAGUUGGACAAUAUCUUAAAGAUAAAGACCUGACAUCAAUCAAUUCAUCAAUCAAUGAUAUUACCAUAAAUCCAUGGAUUCAAUAUUUAGAAGAGAGACCAAAUCUGACUAAUACUGAUCCAAAAACUUUAUAUCUUUACGAACACAAAUCUAAAACCUCAUUCAUUGGUGAACAUAAACUUCUGGAUCAAUCGGUUCGGUUGGCAUUCACCGGACCAUUCAAUGUCAUCACUGACUCACUCGGCAAUGGCUUGCGUUCAAAGUUAUCAGACUUGUUAUAUAUACCAAGCAAUGAAUUACUUAAAGUCAAUCACAUAUCAAAUAUCAGUUUAGGAUAUUUUUAUUUGUCUUUUAUAAACAAAAGUAAACCAAACAAACAAAUGUUUAUAAUUCGUCAAACAAUUGCUAAUCAUUGUGCCAUUGAUGUCGUGUCUAUUGUUUUCUAUUUUAACUCAAAACUAUUAUCUCUUAUAGACUCUCAGUUUUAUACAGAAAACAUAAUAACUUUGUUAUUAACUGAUGAAGAGUCCAAUCAAUCAUUUUUGGUUCAAAUGCCACUCAAUUUAUUGGACAAUAAUUUUAAGCCAAUUUCAGGUGAUUUUAAUCACAUAAAUUCAAUAAAUUUUGACAUAAAUUCAUUUUCAUCGGAAUCGGGAUUUAUAUUCCGAACUUUGGAUAAUAUGGUUAUGUUUGCUGUGAGUGGUGUCCGCAAAGUGGCCUGUCUUUCAUUUGCAUCUAAACGCAGAGUUAGACUCUUUGAAAUGGAUGUGUCUGAAGAUGACGACGAAGAACAGUCAGAAAUUAUGAAUGAUCUCAACAGUAGUAGUGUUUCGGGACAAUCGACUGAUAAAUCAAUGAGUUUUAAAGAGACUAUAAUUUAA